AUGCUUAGAGCUGUCCGCCGUACUCCGGCGCUUGCCAAAGGGCUUAGAGUGGUUGCCACCGCUCGCCUUGCCACCGCUGCUGCUAACCCCACCACCGCGACGAGACCGUCGCCGGCACCUCUGUUCCAGACUCAGCCCGACACCCCCUUGCCCCGCCAAAGCAAAAAGGUCGACAUGGACGACUCGUUCAUCGGCCUUACUGGGGGGGAGAUUUUCCACGAAAUGAUGUUGCGCCACAACGUCGACACCAUCUUCGGCUACGCCGGGGGCGCGAUUUUGCCCGUGUUCGACGCCAUCUACAACUCCGACAAGUUCAAGUUUGUGUUGCCCCGCCACGAACAAGGUGCUGGUCACAUGGCGGAAGGCUACGCCCGAGCCCUGGGUAAGCCCGGGGUGGUGUUGGUCACCUCGGGUCCCGGGGCGACCAACGUCAUCACCCCGAUGGCCGACGCGUUGAUGGACGGGGUCCCCCUCGUGGUGUUCACUGGUCAAGUGCCCACCACCGCCAUCGGCUCCGACGCCUUCCAAGAAGCCGACGUCGUCGGGAUCUCGCGUUCGUGUACUAAGUGGAACGUGAUGGUGAAAAACGUCGCCGAGUUGCCACGACGCAUCAACGAGGCGUUCGAAAUUGCCACUCUGGGCCGCCCCGGUCCCGUGUUGGUCGACCUUCCCAAGGAUGUCACCGCCUCCAUUUUGAGACACGCUAUCCCCAUCAACUCCACCCUCCCCUCGCUGACGCUCUCGCAAAUCACCCGUCAAGCCACCACCGAAUUCACCAAGGAAGCCAUCCGGAGACUGGCCGAGCUCGUCAACAAAGCCAAGAGACCCAUCCUCUACGUUGGUGCCGGUAUCUUGAACAACCCCGACGGCCCCAAAUUGUUGAAAGAGUUGGCCGACAAGGCCCAAAUCCCCGUCACCACCACCAUUCAAGGGUUGGGUGCGUUUGACCAAAGAGACUCCAAGUCGAUGGAUUUCCUCGGGAUGCACGGUCUGGCGGCUGCCAACACCGCCAUGCAAAACGCCGACUUGAUCAUUGCACUUGGUGCCCGUUUCGACGACAGAGUCACUGGUAACGUCACCAAAUUCGCCCCCGCCGCGAAAAUUGCCGCUGCCGAAGGUCGUGGUGGUAUCAUUCAUUUCGAGAUCUCUCCCAAGAACAUUAAUAAGGUGGUUGAGGCCACCGAGGCCGUCGAGGGUGACGUCACUGACAAUUUGAGAGAAUUCAUCCCCUUGGUGAAGCCCGUUAGCGAACGCAAAGAGUGGUUUACUGAAUUGGAUGGCUGGAAAAAGAAAUACCCUUACGCCUACCAAACGGAAACACCGGGUUCGCUUGUCAAGCCGCAAACGUUGAUCAGAGAAAUGGACGCACAAUUACAAGAGUCGGGUAAGGACUUUAUCAUCACUACCGGUGUCGGUCAGCAUCAAAUGUGGGCUGCCCAACACUUUACCUGGACCAAGCCGAGAACCAUGAUCACUUCCGGUGGUUUAGGUACCAUGGGCUAUGGUUUACCCGCCGCCAUUGGCGCUCAAGUAGCCAAGCCCGACACCAUCGUCAUUGACAUUGACGGUGAUGCUUCAUUCAACAUGACUUUGACUGAAUUGCUGUCAGCCGUCCAGGCGGGCGCCCCCGUCAAGAUCUGUGUCCUCAACAACGAGGAACAGGGGAUGGUGACGCAAUGGCAAUCAUUAUUCUACGAGCAUCGUUAUGCCCACACGCAUCAGACCAAUCCCGACUUCAUGAAGUUGGCUGAAGCCAUGGGCGUCAAAGGUAUUCGCAUUAGCACUCAAGAACAAAUGAAAGAAGGCGUUAAGGAGUUCCUCGAAUGCAAGGAACCGGUGUUGUUGGAGGUGAUCGUCGACAAGAAGGUGCCGGUUCUUCCCAUGGUCCCUGGUGGUAACGCUUUGGACGACUUCAUCGUGUGGGAUCCCGAAGUUGAAAAAGAACAAAACGAGUUGAGAAAGAAGAGAACUGGUGGCAAGUUUUAA